UCUAUAAAAGAGCUGUAGUAAACUCCGCCAGGACCUCUUAGCGUCACCGGCAAUGAGUGCGCGGAGGUCCAGGUUCGAACCUGCAAUAAAUGACUCUUGCCGUUUGGCUUUGACUCUCGACUCUGGUGGUCUUGUGGAGGGGCCUCGCGACCUUGGGCAUUUUAUUUGGGGGCUCGUCCGGGAUGCCCCCAAGCCCACCAGACAUCAGGUCAACGGGUCAUCGCUGACAACCGAUCGCCUUACAGCGGACACACGAGACAAUCUGGCCCAAACUAAAAGAGCUAUAUGCAACAGGACCCCCGCCUACUCCACACCAGCUCCGGCCGGGUGACUGGGUCCUUGUCAAACGCCAUCGACAAGAGACCCUAGAACCCAGGUGGAAAGGACCUUACCAGAUCAUCCUGACAACGCUGACGGCCAUCAAGGGGGACAGCAUAGCUGCCUGGAUCCAUUACACCCAUGUCAAGCCGGUGGACCCAUUUUCUGACCUCAUCAAGUCCACUAAAGCUGACGUCACCUGGACGGUUGACCGGAAACCUUUUAAAGAUGAAUGAACAAACAUUGGAAACAACACAGCAGCGGAAACUUCCUGAAUGGAUGUCUACGCAGAAGACAUAUUCUGUAGAAGAAAGAAAGGCAUCUAUUCAGAAGAGUGUUUUGGAAGAUGAUCUCCCCUUCUUAGAAUUCAGUGGAUCCAUUGUGUACAGUUAUGAAGCUAAUGAUUGUUCUUUCCUAUCAGAAGAUAUUAGCAUGAGUGUGUCUGAUGGAGAUGUGGUAGGAUUUGACAUGGAAUGGCCACCAAUAUACAGUAAAGGGAAACUGAGCAGAGUUGCACUAAUUCAGCUGUGUGUGUCAGAGAGCAAAUGUUACUUGUUUCAUAUUUCUUCUAUGUCAGUUUUCCCUCAGGGAUUAAAAAUGUUGCUUGAAAAUGAAGCAAUUAAAAAGGCAGGUGUAGGAAUUGAAGGAGAUCAGUGGAAACUUCUACGUGACUUUGACAUCAAAUUGAAGAGUUUUGUGGAGCUGACAGAUGUUGCCAAUGAAAAGUUGAAAUGUACAGAGACCUGGAGCCUCGGUGGUUUGGUUAAACACCUCUUUGGUAAACAGCUUCUGAAAGACAGGUCUAUCCGCUGCAGCAACUGGAGUAAGUUUCCCCUCACUGAGGACCAGAAACUAUAUGCAGCCACUGAUGCUUAUGCUGGUUUCAUCAUUUAUCAAAAAUUAGAAAAUUCGGGAGAUGCUGUACAGAUAUUUGCUAUACAUGAAGAGGAAGAAGUACUACCUAGUGACGUGAAGAAACAAUUGACUUCAGUCUCUGAGGAGAUGAUAGAUCUGGCUAAGCAUCUUCCUGAUACUUUCGAAAAACUGGAAGAUCCACAAAGGGUUUCUGUACUAUUGAAGGAUAUUUCAGAAAAUCUGUAUUCAUUGAGGAAGAUGAUACUUGGUUCUACUGAGAAUGAACUGAGGCCCAGCAGUAAUUUUCACUUACUACCGUUGGAAGAGCCCACUGCUGGUGAAGUACAACAGAAACAAAUUAGAGAACAUAAAAUUUUUACUGAAGUUACAGAUGAAGCAUGGGACACAACACCUGAUAAUUUAAUUAAACAUGAUGGAGAAAAUGUACUUGCAAACGAAGUAAAACAAGAAGAAGAUGGAUUUGAAGAUGAACUAGAAGAUAAUAAGUUGGAAGAGACUCCAGAAAGAGUUUGUAUCAUGUCAUUAGAUAUUACAGAAGAUGAACUCCAACGCUUGGAACAACAGGCUCAGGAAAAACAUCUUGGUGAUGUUACUUGCAAAUCUCCUGAGGAUAACGAAGAGGAUAUAUCUUAUGUAAUUGAGAGUGAUGAAGAUUUAGAAAUGGAGAUGCUUAAGUCUUUAGAAAACCUAAAUAGUAGCACAGUAGAUCCAAAUCAUUCAAAAUGCAUAGAAAUGGAAAGAAAUCUGGGUCUUCCUUCUGAAGAAGAUGAUGAAGAUGAGAAUGAAGCCAUUGAAGAGGAAGAAGUUGUUGAUGAAGACUGUUGGUUACCAGGACCUACUGCAAAGCAAAUUAAUUGCCUCAAGACCUACUUUGGCCAUUCUAGUUUUAAGCCGGUUCAGUGGAAAGUGAUUCAUUCUGUAUUGGAAGAAAGAAGAGAUAAUGUUGUUGUCAUGGCAACUGGGUAUGGAAAGAGUUUGUGCUUCCAGUAUCCACCUGUUUAUGUAGGCGGGAUUGGCCUUGUCAUCUCUCCCCUUAUUUCUUUGAUGGAAGACCAGGUGCUCCAGCUUGAAAUGUCCAACAUUCCAGCUUGCUUUCUUGGAUCAGCACAGUCAAAAAAUGUUCUAGAGGAUAUUAAAUUAGGCAAAUACCGGAUUGUGUACAUAACUCCAGAAUUCUGUUCAAGUAACUUGGACCUACUCCAGCAACUGCAGGCUAAUAUUGGUAUCACACUUAUUGCUGUGGAUGAGGCUCACUGUAUUUCUGAGUGGGGACAUGAUUUUAGAAGUUCAUUCAGAACUUUGGGCUCCAUAAAGGAAGUACUCCCAUCGGUUCCAAUUGUUGCACUGACUGCUACUGCAAGUUCUUCAAUCCGAGAAGACAUUGUACGUUGCUUAAAACUGACGGAUCCUCACGUUACCUGUACUGGUUUUGAUCGACCAAACUUGUAUUUAGAAGUUGGACGAAAAACAGGAAACAUCCUUCAGGAUCUGAAGCAAUUUCUUGUCCAGAAGACAAGUUCUGCUUGGGAAUUUGAAGGUCCAGCUAUCAUCUACUGUCCUUCUAGAAGAAUGACAGAACGAGUUACAGCUGAACUUAAGAAACUGAAGUUAGCCUGUGGAACAUACCAUGCAGGACUGAGUAUUAACUUAAGGAGACAAGUUCAUCAUAGGUUCAUGAGAGAUGAAAUUCAGUGUGUAAUAGCUACCAUAGCUUUUGGAAUGGGCAUUAAUAAAGCUGACAUUCGCCAAGUCAUUCAUUACGGUGCUCCUAAGGAAAUGGAAUCAUAUUACCAGGAGAUUGGUAGAGCUGGCCGUGAUGGACUUCAAAGUUCUUGUCAUGUACUUUGGGCUCCAGGAGACUUUAACACAAAUAGGCGCCUCCUUAGUGAAAUAUGCAAUGAAAAGUUUCGAUUAUACAAAUUAAAGAUGAUGGCAAAGAUGGAUAAAUAUCUUAAUUCCAGAAUGUGUAGGCGACAACUCAUCUUGUCUCAUUUUGAAGACAAACAGCUACGAAAGGCCUCCGUGGGAAUUAUGGGAACUGAAAAUUGCUGUGAUAAUUGCAGGUCCAGAUUGGAUCGCUGCUUUUCCAUUGAUGACUCAGAUGGUAUGUCACAGGACUUUGGUCCACAAGCAUUCCAGCUCUUAUCUGCCGUGACCAUCUUAGGCGAAAAGUUUGGAAUUGGGGUUCCAAUUCUAUUUCUCCGAGGAUCUGUAAGUAUGUCUAAUUCCCAGCGUCUUGAAGAUAAAUAUCGCAGUCACAAUUUCUUUGGCACUGGCAAGGAUCACACACAGAAUUGGUGGAAGGUUUUUUCCCAUCAGCUCAUAACUGAGGGAUUCUUGGUAGAAGUUCCUGGGCAAAGCAAAUUUGUAAAGAUUUGCAUCCUUACAGAAAAGGGUAGAAAUUGGCUUGCUAAAGCCAAAACAGAAUCUCCUCAGAGCCUUAUCCUUCAAGCUAAUGAAGAAUUGUGUCCAAAGGAGUUUUUUCUACCAAGUUCUAAAGCUGUAUCUUCCGGCACUGAGCAACAUUCCUCUAAUCAAGUACCAAUUGAAUUAACUUCAGAGCAGCCCAGCUUGUAUAAGAUGUAUUCUUACAAAGCACGUGAUAAAAUUUCUUCUGGGAGUAACAUUCCUGAAAAAAGCAUCAUGGUGCCAUCACCAGGAAAAUAUUACAAGUCCUCAGAACCUGUUAUUUCAGCCAAAGAGCAGGAGACUCAGACUACAUUAUAUGGCAAAUUGGUGGAAGCUAGGCAGAAACAUGCCAAUAAAAUGAAUUUUCCUCCAGCUAUUCUGGCAACAAAUAAGAUACUGGUGGAUAUGGCCCAAAUGAGACCUACUACAGUUGAAAAUGUGAAAAGGAUCGAUGGUGUUUCUGAAGGCAAAGCCAGAAUGUUGGCCCCUCUGUUGGAAGUCAUCAAACAUUUCUGUCAAAUAAAUAGUCUUCAGACAGACCUCUUUUCAAGUACAAAACCACAAGAAGAACAGAAGAAAAGUCUGGUGGUGAAAAAUAAAGCAAGCUCACUUUCACAGUCUGCAGCCAUCACAUAUUCUUUAUUCCAAGAAAAGAAAAUGUGUUUGAAGAGUGUAGCUGAGAACAGGAUUCUGCCUCUCGCAGCAGUUGGCAUGCACUUGUCCCAAGCGGUGCAAGCUGGCUACCCACUCGAUAUGGAGCGAGCAGGUCUGACUCCAGAGAUUCAGAAGAUUAUUGCUGAUGUUAUCCGAAACCCUCCCAUCAACUCAGAUACAAAUAAAAUUAAACUAAUUAGAAUGUAUGUUCCUGAAAACAUUGACACCUACCUUAUCUACAUGGCAACUGAGAUCCUGGAAAAAGGCUGCGAAAACAGGAUGCUAUGCCAAUCUUCAUGUGAUUCCAGCAAAAAGAGAUGUUUCCCCAACUCUGAAGAGAGCUGUUCAAAUUCUAAGAGAAAGAAGGAAGAAGUGGGCACUAAUACCAAGGUUGAUGGAAAACAUUCUUGUGAUUUUUCACAGGAAGAUGAGAGUCACAGAAAUUCACUAAAACUAACUUCCUGGAAUCAGCCAUUCAGCGAUCCCAAAAUUGAAGAUUUCUUUGUAGAUUCUCAUUUACAGACUUCGUCUGAAACCUCAAAGAGAAAAUUACCUGAGUGGUUUGCCAAAAGAAAUGAGACCUUACCUGAUGCCAGCAAGAAAUCAACGGCCAAAACUAAAAAGAAGGGUCUUUUUAGUUAAACUGGCAACUGCCAGAGGAAUUAUGUGUGUCUUGCUGUGUUAUAACAGGGAAGCUGUAUUUCAUUUCUGAAAACAGUGGGGAGUAAUAUUUUUGUUUAAAAAUUAUUCUAAUCUCAAAGUAAAACUCAUCUAUUUAUUGAACAGCUGGUGUCUUAAAACAGCCUUUUGCAAUUCACAUAAAGUUGAGUCUUCUGAGAGCCUGAGUGAGUACCUCAUAGAACAGAAUCUUAGUUUCCUAUGAGAUUGCUUUAAGAAAUCAUGUUACUGCCCUGUUUUCUAAUCUCUUUACUUACUUCAGCAGUAUGUUUGGAAUAUGUAAUGUGCAGUGAUUUAAUAUAGAUAACAGAUUAUCAGUUGUAAGUGAUUAUGUGUGUGAUAUGUAAUAUUCUUGUAUUACCAAAAUUCUGUCUUAUAAAUGAAGAACUCAUAGUUAUUUUACAAAUUGUUUUUUCUAUUGUUAGAAGAAACUCUUAUACACAUUUUAAAAUGAUAUUAGUGAACCAGACCAGUGAAAAUGAAACAUUUCGGGUUCUGUGUAGAGGAAAGAAUAAAACAAAGGAGACCAAUUACACUAGACAACUAUGCACUUUGUAUGUUAUAUACGAUUUCUAUUAUUUUUCAAAUAAUAAUAAAAAGUCCUUAGUACUGAAUAUUAUAAAGAUAUGUAUUUUAAACUUUCAUAUACUGAAUUACCUUGAGCACCUUUAAUUUUUGAUGAUGUCAGAAUUUGAUUCUAAUACCUUUUUAUGUAGCACAUGUAACUGAAAUAUACAAAACACAUACUGACACUGAAUUGGGUAAAUCAUAGUUGAUAUAACUUUAAGCAGUUCACCAUAUGGCAUUUAAUUGACUUUUUUAUAAAUAAAAAUAAUUGUCAUUAAUAAAGAAGAAAUAUAUGUUUGCCGUAGAAGAAAUAGAAAAUCCAGAAAAAUGAAAAAAAAAAAAUCACAAAAGUUCCACUGGUAGGUAAUCAGUUAACCCCUUUCAUGUAUCCUGCCAAGCCUUUUAUUUAUUGAUUGAUUGAUUUUGGCCGCACUGUGCGGCAUGGAGGAUCUUAGUUCCCUGACCAGGGAUCAAACCCAUGCCCCCUGCAGUGGAAGUGUGGAGUCUUAACCACUGGACCGUCAGGGAAGUCCCCUGCCAAGCCUUUUUAUAUUUACUUCUUUUCUUAGUUUGUUAUGAAUAAUACGUGAAUGAAUAUUCUUUGUAAAGCAUUCAAGCUAUACUUAAAACAUUAAAGUCCCCCAUAUUCCCGUUUCCCCACAUCCCAUUACCAGCCCCUUUCCAGAAGGUAACUCCUAUUGAAUAUGUGACGUAUCGUUCUCUAGUCAUUUCUUCUGCAUUUACGUGCCUCUGCAUGUGUAGCUGCACAUACAUUCUUGGUGUUUUUAAUUUUAAUAUUGAAGUAUAGUUGAUUUAAAAUACUAUAAUCAUUUCAGGUAUACAACAUAGUGAUUCAAUAUUUUUGUAGAUUAUACUCCAUUUAAAAUUAUAACAUAUUGGCUAUAUUUGUUGUACUGUACAAUAUGUUCUUGUAGCUUAUUUAUUUUAUAUACAGUAGUUUGUACCUUUUAAUUCCCUACCCCCAUAUCUCCCCUCCCCAUUAUCUUCUCUCUGGUGACCACUAGCUUCUGUAUAUGUGUGAGUCUGUUUCUGUUUUUUAUAUUCAUUCUUUUUUAUUGUUGUUUUUUCUACAUAUAAGUGAUAACAUACAAUGUUUGUCUUUCUCUGCGUGUCUUAUUUCACUGAACAUAUUACCCUCCAGGUCUGUCCAUAUUGUUGCAAAUGGCAGAAUAUCAUUCUUUUUUAUGGCUGAGUAAUAUUCCAGUGUCACUCUCUGCAGAUGACAUGAUAUUUAUAUAUAGAAAAUGCCAAAGCCUCCACCAAAAAACUGUUGAAACUGAUAAAUGAAUUCAGUAAAGUUUCCGGAUACAAGAUUAAUAUAUAGAAAUCUGCUGCUUUUCUAUACACUAAUCGUGAGCUAUCAGAAAGAGAAAGUAAGAAAACAAAAGUUUUAAAGUUGCCCAGAAUAAAAUAACUAGGAAUAAACUUAACCAAGGAGGUGAAACACCUAUACUCUGAAACCUAGAAAACAUUGAUGAAGGAAAUUGAAGAUGUUACCAAAAAUGGAAAGAUAUCUUAUGUUCCUGGAUUAGAAUGUUAAAAUGUCCAUACUACCCAAAGCAAUCUACAGAUUUAAUGUAAUCCCUAUCAAAAUACCCAUGACAUUUUUCUCAGAACUAGGACAAAUAAUCCUAAAAUUUACAUGGAACCACAAAAGAUUCUGAAUAACCAAAGCAAUCCUGAGAAAAAAGAACAAAGCUGGAGGUAUCAUACUCCCUGACUUCAGACUAUACUACAAAGCUACAGUCAUCAAAACAGUGCUGUACUAGCACAAAAACAGACAUAUAGAUCAAUGGAACAGAAUAGAGAGCCCAGAAAUAAACCCAUGCUCUAUGGUCAAUUACUCUGCAACAAAGGAGGCAAGAAUAUACAAUGAGGAAAAUAUAGUCUCUUCAAUAAGUAGUGCUGGGAAAACUGGACAGCUACAUAUAAAAGAGUGAAAUUAAAACAUUUUCUCACAGCAUACAUAAAAAUAAACUCAAAAUGGAAUAAAGACCUAAUUGUAAGACCAGGAUCCAUGAAACUCCUAGAAGAAAACACAGGCAGAACACUCUUUGACAUAAAUCUUUUUUUUUUUUUUUGCACAAAUGAGAUCAUGCUGUAUUUAAUUUUCUGCAACAACCUUUUUCUAUUUAAUCUAUGAUGAAGAUCUUUGCAUGUCAGUAUAUAUAUCGGUCUAGUUGUUUUUUUUUUUUUUUUUUUUUUGUGGUACGCAGCCCUCUCACCGCCGUGGCCUCUCCCGUUGCAGAGCACAGGCUCUGGACACGUAGGCUCAGCAGCCAUGGCUCACGGGCCCAGCCGCUCCGCGGCAUGUGGGAUCUUCCCGGACUGGGGCACAAACCCGUGUCCCCUGCAUUAGCAGGCGGACUCUCAACCACUGUACCACCAGGGAAGCCCUCUAGUUGUUUUUUAUAGCUAUUUACUAUGCUAUUUGGUGAAUAUACUAUAAUUUAUAUAAUCACUUCCUAUUGGUGGUUUUGUCAUUUUUCUGUAUUUCAGAUUGUUUCUAGAAGUACAGUUAGAAGAAUUAAGCACAAACGUAUUAUUUGUUACUUACAUUUCACUUGAAUAUAUUAUGAACAUGUUUUUCCAUGUCAUUAAAUAGACUUUCACAGAAUCUUUUGGGGGGCUUUUCUAUAGUGCAGUGAUUCUCCAAGUGUGGUCUGCAGUCCAUUAGGAGUCCCUGAGACCCUUCAGGGGAUCUGCAGAGGCAAAACUAUUUUUAUAAUACCAAGAUGAUAUAACAUUUGCCUUUUGUACUAUGUUGAGAUUUGCAUUGAGGGUGCAUAGAUGCGGUGAGUAAAACCACUAGCAAUUUAGUGCAAAUCAAGGCAGUGGCAGCAAAUUAUUGAUUUUAUUAAUUCUCAUUUCUUAAACACAUUUUUUCAAUAUUCAUUGUGAUAAAAUGGCAACUACACAUAAAGCGUCUGUGCUAUAUACCAAAGUAUGAUGGUUGUCUUCUAGAAAAGCACUUGUUUUAUUGUUUGAGUUGUGAAUUGAACUAGUUGCUUUUUUCCUGUGGAAUAUCGUUUUUACUGACAAGAAUGACUGAUGGAAAAUAUGAUUGGUUAUUGCUCCUAGGCGGAGGCAUAGGCUUCCUAGAUGCCCAACUUCUCCAUUUUCCAUGAGCUCCUUCUGGGUUUGUUUUUUUUAUCCUCCCUGCCUCCCUCCUCCCCUUGCCUGACACCCUCCCACCAGAGUGUGUUUUGGAAGCUGUGUCAUAUAGAUCUGCCUCAUCACCAGGUGCAAAUAACUGGCACAGAAUGACCUCAGAACAUUAGAGUAUUUACCAUAAGAAUAUAUGGACUGAACUCUAAUUUCGUGGAUGAAGCAUCUUUCUUCAGCAGCCUCAGGCCUCAAGUUUGCCUCAGGUUCAUUCUUAAAAACAAGGAAUUUCUUUUAUUGAUUGAUUGGCCGGGUUCAUUCUUAAAAACAAGGAAUUUUCUUCCUUCCUCCCUUCCUUCCUUCCUUCCUUCUUUCCCGGGUUCUUUCUUAAAAACGAGGAAUUUUAUUUAUUUAUUUAUUGGCCGGUUUCAUUCUUAAAAACAAGGAAUUUUACUUAUUUAUUUAUUGGCCGGGUCGCGACUUGCGGGGUCUUAGUUCCCUAACCAGGGAUUGAACCCAGGCCAAGGCAGUGUAAGCCCUGAGUCCCAACCACUGGACCGCCAGGGAAAUCCCCAAGGAAUUUCUUUUAGCGUACUAUUCUUAUGCUGUCUCCUCCAAAAAUAUUAAUUACUUUCUCUUCUGUGUUAUUUGUCAUUGGACCAUAGGACCAUGAUAACAGAGUCAGACAAAUCCCUGACAUUUAUUUAGAAUUCAGAAAACUGUGGUCUAGAUAGUUAGAAGGAGAAAAGAAUAGAGGAUUCUUCCUAUUCAAAGAGGUUGCUUUAGAAUUAACUGAGAGCAUGAAAGAUCCAGUGGAAUGACCUUAAAAUCAUUUUAGAGCUAACUAGACAUUCAUCUAUCUUAUGGGGAGCAAGCAAAUGCAAAACCAACAAAAACACUGUAAGAAAGUUAGCUACAGUCUUGAUGGGAGCUGCAAACUGAAGUCGUCUCAGCUAUCUGAGAAGAUGUCCCCAUCAUUUUGCUUGGGAAGGCAAUCCAAAAAUCAUUGGGAUAACAUAGUUAACUUCCAUACUGGGUAAUAAGCAUGUUUAAACCUCAGAAAAGAUGAGAAAUAAGUAGAAUACAGAGUAAAUUAAACCUUUGGUUGUAAUAUUUUAGGGUUAAGGAAUGAUAAGUACAUAUUUGAUAUUGUAAGCAUUUGUAAUGCUUGAGAUAUUUUAGCUUAUUAGAAUAACAGAUUAUUCUUGUGACUCAUUUAAAACGUAUCAUUGAAAAAUUAGUAAUAUAUGCUUGUUAUUUUUAAGUUGAAAUCCUACCGUUUGAAACAUUAUUGGGAUAUUUAAUAGGAGUUUUAAAAUUUGUUAUUGCAUAGAAAUAGUAUCGUCAACAAAUAUCCCUUAUAAGAGAAAGAAAAAAAAUCUAAUAUACUUACUAGUAAUACUAAGGUUAAUAUUAAUAUCUAUUUAUUAAACCCAGAGCUUUCAUUGUUUUUCAGAAAAAUUAAUAAAACUUCAGCCUCAUGUCCAGCUUCAUUUUCUAACUCAAUUUAAAAAGGUUAUUGAGAAGUAUGUACUCAUUAUGUUUCAGUCAAUAAAUAUUUGCAUUUAUAGUUUUCAAGACAAUAUGCUGACUUCAUAAAAGAUGGAACAAAUAGGAGAAGCAGCAG